GCCCACUCUCACUCACACCGCACUCUCCUGCACACAUACUCAUUUCCACUUGGGAGCUCCACCCAUCAUUUCGCUGGUUCAGAUCUCUCACGUAGCCUCAAACCACUUGUUCAGUUCUCAAACUGUUCCGUUAGGAAGCAAACUUACGUUCUCUUCCCUGCAAACAUCUGGAAUCUCAUCUGGAGUUCUGCUCUGGUGCUGCUGCUGCUGUUGAGUUUGUUUUAUCUGCCAAGAAAAGACAAUUUGCAGGAUGCCUUUUGGGGGUGGAAACAAGUGUGGUGCCUGUCAGAAGACCGUGUACUUUGCAGAGGAAGUGCAGUGUGAUGGGAGGAGCUUCCACAAGAGCUGCUUCCUGUGCAUGGUAUGUAGGAAGAAUCUGGACAGCACUACAGUAGCUGUACAUGAAAAUGAGGUCUACUGCAAGUCCUGCUACGGCAAGAAGUAUGGGCCAAAAGGCUAUGGCUACGGAGGAGGAGCUGGAACCCUAAGCAUGGACAAAGGAGAGUCGCUCGGGAUCAAGCACGACGAGCAAGGUGAACACCGCCCCACAAAUAACCCAAAUCCAUCCAAAUUUGCUCAAAAGUUUGGGGGCUCGGAUAGCUGUCCCCGAUGUGGCAAGGCUGUCUACGCAGCUGAGAAAAUCAUUGGUGCUGGCAAUGCCUGGCACAAGAGCUGCUUCCGCUGUGCAAAGUGUGGCAAAGGUCUAGAAUCCACAACUCUAGCUGACAAGGAUGGAGAAAUAUAUUGCAAAGGAUGCUAUGCCAAAAACUUUGGACCUAAAGGCUUUGGCUAUGGCCAAGGAGCCGGAGCAUUGGCACACGCUCAGUAGAUCCCAGGGGGGAAAGUUCACCACAAGGAUAUCACAUCCAACGCAAAGCCACAGUCAUUUUUUAAUUCACUAAAAAUUCAAGUUAAUUUCUAUGAAUGACAUUUCCUUCCCUUUGCUGUUAUGGGACCAAUGACAUUUGAAGAGUUUUUAAAAGUGUUAAUUCUUUGUUAUGCUCUCCUUGUUUUUAGUUUAUUUGGCUGCUAACAGUGGUUGUUUGCUGCAAAAACCACGUCAUGAUUGUCAACCACAUUCCAGCUUUUAGCAGUAACAGUAACAUUCCAGCUUUUCAGUAACCUAUCCAAUAACCAAUAUUACAGCAUGUGCUGCACUUACAGUAUCUAAUGCACAACAUACUUCACAUCAUUCCAUAGCAUAUGAUUGAGACAUGGGCAAAAUAACCUAUGUAGUGUCCUUAUGAAACCAUUAUGCUGUACUCUAUAGAUAGUUAGGCCUAUUGUUACAUUAUGGGAAUAUGAAUAUUAAAUAUAAAAUAUUAAAUAUGAAUAUGAAACCGUCACAAAAAUGAAAACUGCCAUUUUCCCAGAUAUCUUGUAUGCUGAAAUUUCAACAAAUACAUACAAUACUCUUGUGGAUAAAGACCUUUUGACCUUGUCCAAUCAAGGCUAUCUUCCCAUCAGGAAGUAAAACUGUUUGCAAAUAUUCUGUGAUGACAUUCCAUUCAUAUUACUCGAAUGACUCUACACCAGACCUCAUGAUCACACUAUGCUAAAUAUGUGACUUAUAUAACAUGGUAAAACACCUCUUUGACUUUCACUUGAGAUUCUCUGCCUUGAUAAUGAAGCCCAACAGAUCAGAAGACAUCCAGAGAAUUCCUAUUUCUUAUUUGUGCAACAUGCUCUGUCAUAUCAUGCACCAUAGCUCAUCUUUGUCUAUUAAUGUUGAAAAAUAAAUGUAAAAAAUUGC